CGACGACCGCUUCGUGCCUUCGUUUCGUCCGUCCCCUAGUCCCUACGACCCUACUCCCUCCCGCACGCCACCGCCCACCAGCGCCGCCGAGGGGCAAGGCCGAACCUUUCUCCGUUCGCCGAGGCGGAGCACGCCCUUCCAGGCCAGCUUCCACCGGAGCAAGAGCUAAGUCGCCUCGAAUUCUUCCCAGCUAGUAGCGUGUGCCGUACCCCGUCGCUCAACCGGGAUGGCGUCGAGUGGGGAUCCGCCCGGAUCUGCUGAUGAGAAGAAAACUCCAAAAUCCGAAGGGUCUUCCGACGAACGUCAAGGGCUUCCUCCAGCAGGCUUUUCAAAUCCUUUUGAUUUUGGUUCUAUGCAAAGUUUGCUCAAUGAUCCAUCUAUUAAGGAGAUGGCAGAUCAAAUUGCAAGGGAUCCUGCAUUCAACCGGAUGGCUGAGCAGCUACAGAGAAGUGCUCAAAGCACAGGAGAACAGGGCACACCUCCAUUAAAUCCUCAACAAUACAUGGAAACAAUGCAAAAGGUCAUGGAAAACCCCCAGUUUAUGACCAUGGCAGAGCGUCUGGGGAAUGCUCUUAUGCAGGAUCCUGCUAUGUCCAGUAUGCUGGAAACCUUUAGUAGUCCAUCACAUAAGGAGCAGCUGGAAGAGCGUAUGUCUCGCAUUAAGGAAGAUCCAGCUAUGAAGUCAAUUCUUGAUGAGUUAGAGAAUGGGGGCCCUUCUGCAAUGAUGAAGUACUGGAACGACCCUGAUACUCUUCAAAAGAUUGGUGAGGCAAUGGGAGCUAGCUUCCCAUUUGGUGCAGGUUCUUCUGCUGAACCUUCUGGUACUGAAGAAACUGAGGAAGAAGGUGGGGAUGACGAUGAAUCCAUCGUUCAUCACACUGCCAGUGUUGGUGAUGAAGAGGGUCUCAAGAAAGCACUAGAUGGUGGAGCCGACAAGGAUGAAGAAGACUCUGAGGGAAGAAGGGCCUUACAUUUUGCAUGUGGGUACGGUGAGUUGAAGUGUGCCCAGAUCCUUCUUGAAGCUGGUGCUGCAGUGGACGCUCUUGACAAGAACAAGAACACCCCGUUGCAUUACGCUGCUGGCUACGGCCGCAAGGAGUGUGUGGAUCUUCUUUUGAAGCACGGUGCUGCUGUAACGCUCCAAAACCUGGACGGGAAGACACCUAUCGAUGUCGCCAAGCUGAAUAACCAGGACGAGGUUCUGAAGUUGCUCGAGAAGGACGCCUUCCUUUGAAUACCAUGCCUUUCGUAUACACUUGGACUCUUGGUGUCAUGUUUUUUUUUUCAUACCGGUUGUUUUUGUCUGGAUAGCCACAUGUCAUGGUCCUUAAAUCUGUUAUGCCUAAAUGCUAUUAGCAUGUGGGUGUUCGAACUGGCCUGUAAUGGUCUACCGUUCGUGACUUGUGUUUUCCCACUCCAUUUCUGAUACUUAAGCACAUAUGAAAAAGUUGUUUCCGGAUC